CCCCACACACACCGCACACACACACACAGCCCACGCCGGCUCCUCCCUCCUCUCCCGCUUUACUCAUUCAGCCGCUCGUCCCCGGCAUUCCGGUUGCCUCUCUCGCGUCCACGCGUCGCUCCACGCCACGAAAUCGCUAAACUUCACCCCCCCCCCACUACCUCGCCCCACUACCCCCCACACCGCCUCCACCCACCCACCCACCCCGAAACGUCGGUACCGCGCUGCCAGCGCCGGUUUAUUUAAAAGCGGGCCGCCCACCGGGACCGAACGCUGCUUCGUCUCGGUCACGGCGUUGCGCGCGUUGGACAAAGACCGGCAGCCGCCCGGGCAGUCGGUCGGUCGGGUGUGGGGUGGGGGGUGGUGGUGGUGGUGGUGUCCGGUCCGGGCGCCACCGGUCACUUAACCCGAGCUACCGGCCACCAGCAGUGCGGGCAGCUGCGGGGUGACCAGGAAGGGGAGGCCCGAGGGAGGAGCAGGAGGAAGAGGAGAACAAGGAGGCGGCGGAGGAGGAGGAGGAGGAGGCGGCAGAGGAGGAAGCCAUGGGCGUGAGGGCGACCGGCGGCGGUUGUGGCCGGGCGGUGGGUGCGGCCCUCCCCCCCGACGGCGGUUGGGGCUGGGCGGUGGCGGCCGCCUUCUUUGUGGUUGAGGCGCUGUCGUACGGCACCAUCAAGGCGUUCGCCGUCUUCUUCAACGACCUGCUCGCCGAGUUCAGCGCGACGCCGAGCGCCGUCUCCUGGGUCAUGUCCAUCUGCGUCUUCACCAUGACCUUCACCGGCCCCGUGUCGACGGUGCUGAGCAACCGCUUCGGCAGCCGGCCCGUGGUGAUGCUGGGCGGGCUGCUGUCGUGCGCGGGAAUCGUGGGCGCCUCGUUUGCGCGAUCCAUCACGGACAUGUACGUCUCCAUCGGCCUCGUGAGCGGGCUGGGCUUCUGCCUCAGCUUUGUGCCGACCGUCACCGCGCUGUCGCUCUACUUCGAGCGCCGGCGCGCCCUCGUCAUGGCCGUCGCCUCCACGGGCGAGUGCUUCGCCAUGUUCGCCUUCGCGCCAGGCUUCCACCUGCUCAAGGAGAGCAUGGGCUGGCGCAACGCCAUCCUCAUCAUCGGCGCCAUGCAGCUCAACAUCACCGUGUGCGGCGCCCUGCUGCGCCCGCUCCCCGAGCACUCCCAGCCGGAGCGGCGGCGGCGGCGGCGGGAGGCUGGCGACGACGGCGACGACGGCGUUGACGGCGCUGACCUCUCGGCCGACGAUGGCGAGAAGUCGUCGCUGGAGGCUCACUACAAACUGGAGAACGAGCAGACCGUCAGGUCGGUCGACUCGGGCGACUCGGGCGACUCGGGCGACUCGGGCGACUCCGGCAUCAAUUUCGGUGGCGCUGCCCCGCCGCCGGCGCGGGGGAAAAGUGACGAUGGCCGGCGCGAGUCGCGGCAGAGCCCGAGCGGUUCGGAACUGGCGAAGCCUUCGGGCGGAACGGGCGAGCGAGCGAAGCUGCUGGACUUUGCGCUGCUGCGCGAGCCGCAGUUCGUGUGCUACGCGCUCUUCGGGCUCUUCGCGACGCUCGGCUUCUUCGCGCCGCAGAUGUUCCUCGUGCCGCUGUGCGUCAGCUUGGGCCUGGCCGAGCAGCAGGCCGCCUACCUGCUCUCCGCCAUGGCCGUGGCGGAGGUCGGGGGCCGCGUGACGGCCGGCGCGCUGUUCGGCCGCCGCCCCCUGCCGGCGCUGCACCUGGAGCUGUGCUGCGUGUGCGGCCUGGCGCUGGUGCUGCUGGGCUUCCCGCUGGUGAGCGACUUCUGGGGGCUGGCAGCGUGCAGCGCGCUGUUCGGCCUGGCGUUCGGCAUGGUGGCGAGCACGCACAUCCCGCUCCUGGCCGAGGACGACGUCGUCGGGGUCGCCCGCAUGUCCUCCGGCGUGGGGAUUUACUUCUUCACGCAGAGCUUCGCCGGGCUCACAGGCCCGCCCAUCGCCGGCUGGCUGGUGGAGGCCACGCAGCGCAACUACGCGAUGGCCUUCUACACCUCGGCGGGAGGCGUGGCGCUGGGUGCCGCUUUCCUGGCGCUGGUGCGGCCCUGCCGCUGGAGGAGAAGGGGCCAGGCGCGGGCCGGCCCUGGCGAGGAGGAGCCUGGUGCGUCCCCGGUCGUCGUCAUCCCGCUCUCCCGCAAGGCCUCCGACGACGACGAUGAUGAUGAUGACGACGCGUUCUGGGAGAUGGACUUGCCGGAGAGCGGCGCCGUGUGAGACGCGGUGGUCGUCGUCUCUCCGUCCCUGGUUUUUGUUCCGAUAAUUUGAAAUUCGCUCCUGUUCUCACGUCGCCGCAUACCUGACGGACUCAAUUAAAUCACGAGUGCCGGUCUGCCUCAUCAACGUCGUCGUGGUCAUCGCGGUCAGUCCCGACAGCGAUGCCUGCCUCGCGCUGCUACCCAAGCACUCGGAAUUCACACUCGUUUGAAAACCGAGAAUCCCCCGCGCCACUUCGGCCGUGGCGGCGCACUGCUCUGGACCUCAUCGCGUGAUCCCCGGCCUCAAGGCGCCGGCGUCCGUAAACGUGGCUGGGCGUCGGUCGGGCCCCUGCGCCCUCCUGUGGCUGGGGGCGGCCUUCGUAACCCGCAUUCUGGCGGAGGUCGCUUCUGUGCCAGACGUCGGUGCCGGCGGCCGGAGUUUCCCAGCAACUCGUGGAUCCGAGGUCGAGUGGGGGGCCCCCUGGUCCCCAACUGCUCUUACUUUCCCGUGGGUUCCCCGAUCAUUUAAAUCCAUUUCAUUGUUUGGAUCACGUGAUUGUUUAGGGGCAUCUAAUCCCAGCUGUUCAUUAGGAGCUACUGCUCCUGAUUUCACGGUUCCUUUGAUAUAUCGCAGUAGUUUCAUGAGUAAUCAGAUCCGAUGGGUCUUCGGCUCGUUUUAAUCCUCAUCGCGAUGGAGGGUCAUCUUAUCCCAUUGUGUUUCUUGAUCCCAUGGGUUCCCUGAUACUACCCCAGACAGUCUGAUGAUAUGGGCCUUCCCAAUGUCGUUUUGCUUAUCGGCUCUGUAGGGGGGCCUCUGAUCUCAAUGGGUCCUUGCGAUCCCACAGUACACGGGGUCGCGGGUAUGCGGGGUCACCCAUGCACGGGGUCGCGGGUACACGGGGUCGCGGGUACACGGGAGUCGCGGGUACACGGGAGUCGCGGGUACACGGGAGUCGCGGGUACACGGGAGUCGCCGGUACACGGGAGUUGCGGGUACGCGGGGUCGCCGGUACUCGGGGUUGCGGGUAUGCGGGGUCGCGGGUAUGCGGGGUCGCCCGUAUGCGGGGGUCGCGGGUAUUGGGGGUCGUGGGGUCGCCCGUACUCGCGGGGUCGCCCGUACGCGCGGAGUCGCCCGGUGGAAUGUAUCGUUUGGUAUCACUUGAAAUCUGCGCUAAGACAGAGCACCGUGGCAUUAGCGUGCGGCUCCGGCGGCACCGCCCGCGGAGUUCGGAGAAACCGAUCAAGCCCCCGUUACCGUGGCGAUGGAGCCGUGUGGCCGGUGGAGUUUUUUUUCCCCUCUCCAAACAAAGCGUUUGUCUCGUUUCUUCUUGAAGGUGCCGAGAGUGCGAGCGACGCCUGAGUGUGCGUGUGUAGUUUUUUUCUGUUUGGUUUUGCGAGAUAUGACGACGUGUGUGUACACCUAGCCUGCCACAAGCACUGUUGAUGUCGCCGAUACUUGGUGGCUAUUGGCACCUGCUGCUGUUGUGGGGAGGGUGAGGGGCGGGGGGGGUAUGAAGUUAAUUUGCACAGAGCAAAUGUCGUGGCAUUAAACUUCCCCCACCCCCUCCACCACAUAUCCCCGAAACAUAAUUUAGCGUUUUCAUCGCACUUCUAAUUACCGGGGCGAUGGGAUUCGCCCAUUUUGUUUUGUUUGUUCGGAGCAACUUUAUACAACGUUUAAGUUGAGCGCACUGUUGUUACCACACGCGGUCGGAAAGGACGUGUCAUCAUUUACAUCGUGACGGCCGCGCGGGUUUGCUUGCUUGCUCGCUCGCUCUCGCAUGCAGUGUCCGUCCGUUAUAGCGCUCCUCUCUGAAAGUCCUGGACAUCGCGUCGGACAGUGUCUUGAACAGGCGGAGUUCGCCUCCAUUUAAGGUACUUGUGUUGUAUUUUGUUGAGUUUUUUUUUGGGCUCGGAGCCGCGAGCGUCUCUUAAUAAUGUAGCAUGGAGCAACUAAUUAUCGCAGCGAGUGUCGGACUUAACGUCUCUGUGCAAUCUCCCCGCGGCGUUUCACCGCUGCCGCCGCCGCUGCUGCUACUGCGACCGCGUGCGGGAAUGGUUUUGCCUGUAGCUGUCACGCGCCUCUGCCGCCGCUGUCUCCGUUACGUUUACACAGCGCUGUCUGACCUCAUUCAACCGACUACUUGUGACCCACUCGGCCUUCGGCCGCGCUGCGCCUCUACCACAGCUCAACGCGCACAACGCCGAGAUCCGGAUGAUCCGGCUCGGGGCCCCAGGGCUUCUACUGCAGCCGAUUUUGUGUCUGGGUCGGCAAAUAUUUUCCGCACAGGACGGCACACUGCAUCCAGCAUACUUCCUCUCCGUUUACGGUGGCGACGACUGCUCGUCACGCGCCCACCUACACCACGCCGGCCUACCCGCGACCCGGACAAUAUUGAGAGAGGGAGAACUUGAGCCCCCUGGAGGCACUGGUCGUCAUCGACCUCCUUACUGCAGGAGCCUCUCCGGAAGGGAAAUUAUUCGGCCCAUUUGUCUCGUAAUGUAAUGGGCGAGUGACUGUGCGUUUUCUGUUUUCGUUUGACGCGCAUUCGGAAGGUGUAACGAUGAGCGUCGAUUAGAUAUUUUUUUUUUAAUAUCUGCAUUCAAGCUCGCGUCUGACCCCCGACCUAACAGAUUUUCCAGGACGGGCCACAAGGCAGAUUCUUGGACACCCCAGGAUAGGUGGCAACCCCAUAAUCGCAUCGCGCGUUUCAGGAAUGUUCUAUUUUUGAACGGAAUUUAAUUUUUUUUUGUAGCCACCAGAUUCCUGGCAAGCAACGGUGAUCGAUUCGCCGAUUUAAAAUCGAUUCUUAUGCUGGUGACGCCAUCGAUUCCUGUAUGUAAGAACCUGUUUAUAAGAUUCAUAUAAAAAAUAAACGAUCUUUUUUUUUAACCACUACGUCUUCCGGCAAUUCGCAACGCAAUCGAGUCGCAAAAAUUCACAACGCCGGAAUUUCUGUUUGUACUACAAGGGGGGAGGGGGGGGGGAAGAGAAACUCAAGCGGUUGAAUCGAAACUGCGACUUGAUCGAAUCGUGCAGUAGGGGAGACGGGGGCGGUCAAACGUAACAUCCCCAUCUGCCCCCUGAACCUCCCCCCCCCAUUUCAGGGCAACAUUACACCAAAUGAAGUCCCCAGCCGUGUCUCCUGAGUGAGAUCGACGUGGCUGAAGCGAUUUCAAUUCUGGUAGGCUCCCGAGCUCUGAUAUCCCCACCCCCCCCCUCCCCGCGCUCUUUCCCACUGGCACAUCCGAGCAGUCCCAGGGCGGCGGGCGCCUCACGGUACUGGUCUGUGCCCCCCCCCCCCUGCCCCCCACUAGAUAUUUAUGGAAGUUGAGCCGAAAACGAACUGUGUUGCCCCCAUUGGCCAAAAAUAUACGACACCGGAAUGUGGCCCCCGGGGACUGAGAGAGGAGUCGUACGUUGAUUCGUUCACUGCGUGUAACUUCAGCGGCAUAGCACGGCUCGGCUUCUACAGUGGAAAAUAAAAACCCCUGGCGCCUCCUUUUCAAGCGGCGCCACGGCUGGCGCUGGCACGGCCCUGGCGCGGCUCGGUUGUGCAGUGGAUGGGGGGGAGGGGGGUGAUGUUGUAAACGCUGUAUGUGCACUGUCUGAUUUAAUGUGUUGUGGUUGCACUAUCGCGGCCACUGCUUACGUCUCGAGAACGCGCAGGAGAAGGAGGGGGCGGACCGCUCUUUUAAGAGUGGGGAGCGGAGAGGGGCGGCGAUGACCUUGUGACCCUCGUCCCGUGAGCUGCCCUCUCGAGUUGGGGAUACAAAGUUUGUGGGGCUGGAGUUGGGGGGGGGGGGUGUCUAUAGGAGCCAGUGGCUCCACGUGUAUGUAUGAUUGUUUAAAACUAAACAUCAUCAUCUGGCAUGUGCGGAGAUGUUCAUGAAUUGUAAAUCUGCCGUGCCGUAUUUAUUCUCGAUGACAGUCGAUAGUGGCAUUUGAUCGUCAUUAUUGUUAUCGUCAGCGGCGGCAAUUAUAAUUUGGCAAAAUUCAUCGUGCAGUACCACGCGGGCGCCCAUGUUGAAAUGCACGGUCUACUUUUAAAUUAUGCAAUAAAAUUCUCAUCGAUGAGGAGUCUUGAUAAUU